AUGUAUCAGUUCAUUAGUGAGCUUAGCACAAUUAGUACAGCUUUACUUUAUCUAACGAACAACACCAAAAUGUACUUCAAGGUGAUCUGCAUCUUAGCCGUGGUGGCGGUUUCAGCCGUGUGUUCCGAACACGCAUACUCAUCCCAACACAUCCAUAGACAUGAUGGUCAUCACCAUGAAGUGGAAGUUAAGGAUGAGCAUGGACAUCAUCACGUGGACUACUAUGCCUACCCCAAGUACGAGUUCGAGUACAAAGUAGAUGACAAACACACCGGUGACCACAAGGAACAGCAUGAGCACCGCGACGGUCACGACACCAAGAGCGACUACAAAGUACAUGUGGACCAUAUCAUCCCUCAUCAUCAUCAUCACUAA